GGCAGGGCACAAUAUCACUCUCCUUUUCUUCCAGAUGCACGUUUGGUGGUGGCUUCUUUUUUGUCGGAGUCCAUGAGGUUGGGAGAGGGGUGUUCUCUUGUGCUGAUUCACUUGUGCCGCAGCCAUUCUGUUCUUGUGUGUUGGGGAAGGAGGAUCUGGUGAAGGCAGGAUAAAUCAGAUCCUGAUUAGUGGGGAGUUUCCCAAAUACUUUUAAUAGUUGGGUUAGGCUGCUGGAAAUUCUUCAGAAGAGAAAACAGCUGUUCACUGCUUCCACUGAGAAAAUGUCAAACGUGCAUUAACUACUGGAGGACUGAGCAAUGAAAGGGUUAGCCGGUUCAGGCCAAUGAUCCACGCGUGGCAGUGUUCACUCUUGUGAUAGGUGCUGGGCUGUCUCUGUGCAACACACUCUACUCAGGUCCAGGGCUGCAAUGGCACACACAGGAGAUGCGGUUCCUUCCCUCGUGGCAUAUCAUAGAGAAACUGAUGCAUGUACACACAGCAAAGGUAAGAGCGUACAGAAAAUUAGCAAUUGCGCUAAGUACUACGAAGAAAAAGAAGAUUGUUCACUCACUGUUAGUUGUGUUAGUAUCUUGAAUGAACGCAUGGUUGAAUUGAACUACAAAUAGCAGCCAGUGUUGUUGCCACGUAUGUAGUAUCAGAAACAGUACUGGUCUUACAUUGUUUAAUUUCUGCUAAUGUAUAAAUUCUGCUAAUAGUAUAUCUUGAUCUAAAUUUAUAAUGGUAGUGCGCGCUGUUGGUGCUGGUGCUGCCGCUUCCACUGCUGGUGCCGUCACCGCCACUGUCAGCCAGGCUGCUCUUGGUUCUUCAGCCCUCGGUUUCCUCAGGUCCGUCAAUGCUUCUGGAUCUUGCUGGAAAAAUGAUGAAUUUUCAUUGGCAGAUGCGCUACCUGACCACUCCCCUGCCAGACCCUCUGCAGUGAACAAUACUAAACCUGGCCAACCUCCUCAAGGCUGGCCAGGUUCCAACCCUUGGCAUAACCCAGGUGCUCCACCUUCUGUGCCAUCUGGACUCCUACCAAGCGCAACACCCUCCACGGUGCCUUUUGGACCAGCACCAACAGGAAUGUGUCCCACUGUGCCUCCCACUGGACCACCUCCAGGACCCCCAGCAGCCUUUCCUCCUACUGGAUCAUCAUGCCCCCCACCUCAUGGUCCUUAUCCAGCCCCAGCUAUGCCAGGUCCUGGCCCCACAGGGCCAUGUCCUACACCAAAUAUGCCCUUUCCAGAGCUUCUGAGACCAUAUGGUGCACCCGCUGAUCCAGCUGCAGCUGGUCUGUUAGGGCCAUGAUCCAUGUCUUCUGGACCUUGGGCACCAGGAAUCGGGGAGUAUCCUACCCCUAAUUUGCCACAUCCAUCUCCAGGGCCGUAUCCUGCACCUUCUCCUCCCCAAGCACCAGCAGCAGCACCACCUGUUCCGUGGGGCACCGUUCCACCAGGGGCCUGGGGACCACCAGCACCAUAUCCUGCGCCUGCAGGAUCCUAUUCCACACCAGGCCUCUAUCCCACUCCCAAUGAUCCUUUCCAAGUGCCUUCGGGACCUUCUGGUGCUCCACCAGUGCCUGGUGGUCCCCAUUCUUACCUUGAAGUUAAUGGACGAAGAGAUGGCGCUUUGCUUUUUGAAGUACAUAUAUAUGCACAUGAAUGCAUAUAUAAAAAUUGCUGGUUUCACUGUUACAGGGCAUUCAUGAACAACAUUUGCAUCUCAGAAGGUAAUCUGCCUCUUGUGCUUGAUUUAUAAUAUAUUGGAUACAAUCAGAUAAAAAUGUAAAAGUAAAUCAUUAAAAUGUGAUUUUUAUUGAGUUUUUAUGGAAAGUUAAAGUAAGUGUAUUGAAUAUCUCUGAUACAAUUUAGAACAAAUUUUAGAUUUGUUUAUAUUGUGUAACUACACACUUAAAAAUCUAAGAUGUGGAUUAUUGGUAGAAUCUGCAACUUCAUUGGUAAAUUACUUAAAGUAUUUUUCUAUAGUCACUUCUUCCCUAAAUACACUUUGAAAAUAAAAAGAUAAAAAUAAACUUAUAAUGGUAGAAUACAGUCUUUGCCUACAAGUAGAUACACAGUGCAAAGGUACAGGCCAGUGUCUUUCCAUACAGUUUAGUUUCAGGUGCGUAUUGGGCCCUUGAAAUGUGGGUACUCCAAAUUGAGAUGUGGUGUCAGUAUAAAAUACACACCAAGUUUUGAAGAUGUACAAAGAAAGAAUAUAAAUAUCUCAGUUUGUAUAUUGGUGAAAUUAUACUAGUUUUGGUAUAGUGGGUUAAAUAAAAUGUUAAAAUUGUUUUUUUUUCCAGUUUUUUAAAACUUUUUCUUUGCUAAAAGAUUUAAAAUUGCACAUGAGGCUCACAUUAUCUUUCUUCUGGACAGCACUGGUUUAAAGAGAGGAUGAGUGGGAAGCAGUUGAAAACAAGCUGUAUCCUCAGGGUUUGUUAUUGUGGUAUACCCAGAAAAGGUUCAUAGAUGCUUCCUUACAUUUUAAAAAUUUGAAUACAUCAUUGUAAUCGUGUCUGGCAACAUAGAAAAUUAAUUUUUAGUGAAGCAAUUUCCCUUUCAUAAGUACCAAGGAAACUUCAAAUUUAUGCUAUUCAUAGAAAAAUACAUUGUGGCUUAUCAAUGGGAGCAAAUUCCCACGUGGUAUAUCUUUUCAGUUGGUGCUUCAGUCAUUCAUGUCCUAUACAAUUCAAAAUAAUUUGCUUUUUUGAAG